ACAUUGCAGUAGCAGGCUAAUCGAAGAAAAAGUAUCCCAAAGAGCAGUCAAAGCUCAGCGUAUGACCAUGGUAUGAAGAGAGAUAAAGCAUUACUUGUGAAGAGUAUAGAUCCUUUGGAAGAGCUUUUCUUCACGGCGCUGCACAGUGUAAUAAAUGACGACAGUUCGACAACUUCAAGAAUUUCAAAAAACGGACUUGUUUAUUUUGAUAGAUACAUUUUGUACUCUCAAACAAAACAAAACUGAAAUAAGAUAACACUCACUCAUCCAUACAACAAUAUGCAUAAUAGCAUUUGCCAUUUUAUACCGUAAAAUUCCAUCCUUAUAGCGCUUGACGUGCGCGCUCCCGUGGACAGGGGAUACACUUCCUAUCGGGGGUAAGUACCUUGGCACAACACCUGAACUUCACAGUGUGACACCCUGCGGAUGUAAACAAAGAAGCAUGAGCAGAGUUAGCUUCACUGCUGUGUGGACUGAGCUAUAAAACGGCUGUAUUAUAGUAUGAAUGAGAAAUAUCAGAGCGUUAAAGUAACGAUGUGUUCAGUUGAGUAUCUGAGAGAGUUGAUCAGCGUCAGACUAGCUGCUGCUGCUGGAGAAAUAUUCUCAGAGUUUGAAAAAACCAUCGUCCAGUACCAGGAGGAGAUCGAUCGUCAGCGCAGACUGCUGGAUGUCAUCUGGAAACCACACAUCCCCUUACAGCCCGUAGAGCUCCCACAGUCUUAUGUCUGUGAGAAUGAGAAGACUGUUGUUGACCAUCAGCCCCAUGACCAGGAGAGAAACUCCAUGGUGGAUCAUGAGGACCCAGAGCCUCCACGGAUUAAAGACCAGCAGGAGGAACUCUGCACCAGUCAGGACCAAUCAAACCCAGAGAUUUCUCAAAUUAAAAUGGAACAGGAAGAAUUGUGCACCAGUCUGCACCAAUCAAACCCAGGGUUACCACAAAUUAAAGUGGAACAGGAUGAACUCUGCUCCAGUCAGGAGGAAGAGUUAAUUGGAUUGAAACAGGAGACUGAUACCUUUGAGGUGACUCCUGCUGAUGAGGAAAGUGACCACAGUGAACCAAAACCAAACAGUGAUCAGCUCCUGUUUCACAUCUCUUGUGUAGCUCUGAGCCCAGAUCAGGAAGGAAACAAGGAUGUAGACUCAGGAUCAACUAGAUGUAUCGAGCAGAAACCAAGACAUCAGAGUAACAACAGUCACAGUAAUGAUGUAGACAAUGCUCCAACAUCAGCGAGACAGUGUGAUAAUGACAAGGAAAGAAAAUGUGCAACAUGCGAGGUCUGUGGAAAAGCUUUUAGUCGUAAAUCAAAUUUAAUCAAACAUCACAGAACCCACACAGGUGAGAAGCCAUAUUCUUGUGAAACCUGUGGAAAAAGCUUCAGUCAGCGGAGCUCUUUGACUGAACACUUGAAAUAUCACACAGGUGAGAAGCCGUAUGUUUGUGGAACCUGUAAAAAAGGCUUUAUUCGACGGACCCAUUUGACUGCCCACAUGAGAUGUCACACAGGUGAGAAACCAUAUGUUUGUAACAUUUGUGGAAAAAGAUUUUCUAGUUCAUCAGCACAUAAUAGGCACAUGGCAGUUCACAAAAUGGGAAAGCCAUAUUCUUGUGGAACCUGUGGAAAAAGCUUCAGUCAACGGCGCUCUUUGACUGUCCACAUGAGAUGUCACACAGGUGAGAAGCCAUAUUCUUGUGGAACCUGUGGAAAAAGCUUUAAACAUAGUUAUCAAUUAAAAGCCCACAUGAGAAUCCACACAGCUGAGAAGUCCUGAUCCUGAAACAUCUGUGAAAAAUAAAGAAGAACUAAGCUUGAAACAGCAUGUAAGAAUUGGUACAGGUUAAAAGUAGAUGUUUUAGAUUUAAAGCAGCUUUCGUCUGUGCUUCAACAACAAUUGUGAGGAAGUAUGUAUGCAAUCCUUGAUGAUUAGAUCAGAUGGAGUCUGGACUGUGGUGGUGGAGCAGCAGGCAGAAGAACCAAACUGAAUGUCUGGAUGGAUAUGGUAUUGGUACAGACUGCUACAUUUCUGCUAUCAUGACAUCCUUCAUCAGCAGAGCACUGAUUGGAGAUAAUGUGAAGCUGUUUGGAACAUUUUCACUUUCUACUGAGAGAACAUGGCUGUUCAGGUGUGAACAUACUGCUGGAAUCCACUCAGCUUGAGCUCUGCUGUCUUUCAAGUAAAAGGAGGCAACGAGAUACAGAGACAUUGUGACAGUAGAACACAACAGAGUGUGUCACUGCAGCAGAGGAGAUCUGGACGUGAAAUAAAGUUGUAAUAAAACGUCUACAGCUCCAUGACUGCUUCAUGAAAUGUUUUGAAUGUUUUCAAACAGAUGAACAUUUACAAGUUGUUUAAUAAUUAAUGUAACAUUGAAGAUCCCCAGCAAGAAUAACUCUGAGUCAGAUAUCAAAGACAUAACCAACAUUAUUAUGUUUUCAAGCAACAGACACGUGGUUUUACUAGUAGUAGCUGAUACACUCCUGCAAAUGUCAAAACCAGAAAUGUUAAAAACAGGUGAAGCUGUGCUGCAGUUUCUGCUGGUUAGAUAAAGGUCUUAUGCUAUUUAUUUCUUCUGUUGUCACCACAUAGGUCAUCUGUGUGAUUUGUUAGUAGGAUCUCAUUGUGUCGUCAUACAGCACAUUGAACCCUUGUAUUGUCUGAACGUCCUGAACACUCCUCCUGUCCUCAGGGUCAGAAAUGACCUGCCUCCACUGAGCCUCUAGAAUAGAGCAGCUUAAUGGAAUUUUUAACCAAAAAUCUAUUUUACUUGAAGAAACAACCUGUCAUGCAUCACACACUUUGUGAAUGCCUGUUUUUGCUUCCUCAGAGGGUAGAAAGACUGUAUUUAAUCAGUGAACACCAUUCGUUUUUAUACCAUUGUUCAUGCUGUAACUGUUUUCUUUCUAUAAGUAGAGGUUUAUUAUCACUAUUAUUGCUGCUAAAGGUACUGCACAGGUGUAAACAUUUCUUGUUUUGCAAGAAAUAAUACUUCUAUAGCCUAAUAAAGUACCAGAAAUGUGCAGAAAUGAACUUGAAAUGCAUUUUUGAAAGGAAACAACAGUGUACUGUAUCCUGUACAAUGGAAUAUAAAACUACAAAACUCAACUACCA